AUGGUGUCCGACGAAACCUACGAGCUCUGCCUGCCCCUGCUUCAGGACGCGAAUCUCGAGGAUGAGGAGAAGACGGACAAGCUGGAAGAGUUUCUCCGAAAGGAAACAUCCUUAGUCGGCACCUCUCUCGACAAUGCCGUGCUGGAUGUGCUGUGGCGCCAUCGGGAGUCGUUGACAAAUCCAAGUUCCCCUCCGCCGAUGCGACACACCGUCUUACGUCGAGCCGCAUCUCCAGCUCCCUGGCCGAUACCCAGAGUAAACUCUGGCACGCCGGUAUCGUCUUCUCCCCGUCUUGGUGUGAGCCCCCUUGCGCCGCCAGGAUUCGUACCGUCCUCUUUCAAUAGAGCCAAGUCAUCGGCAGUCUCUCCUUUCACCUCUCCCCGCCCCUCCCCCAGACUUGCCUUUACCAGUCCAGCCAUUCCUCACAGUCCGAGCCUGAACGCCUACGAAUUCUCCGAAUCCGCCAGUCCGAUGCAGGACAUAUACGGGGACUACGGUAGUGAUAAUGUCGACUGGUUGGUAAAUGAUGAUGGUGGAAGUACUACAUCCUCUUCUGCUGGCGGUGGGCAAAGUGGCCUCAAUGCAGCCGCCGCUGAAUACAUUCAACCUCAGCAGAAUGACAUGAGCCCAUACGAUAUGCUCCGCUCCAUACUUGGUCCGGCCAAAUCAGAUGAAGAGAUUGAGGCAGCCCUCGCUGUACAUGGCUAUGACCUGAGCGCAACUAUCAUGGCUUUCAUGGAAGGACAAGCUGGCGAUGCAAACAUCGCGCAGGUUACAGAAACCAAGAGCGCUAUCCUUAUCGGCAAGUCCAUGGCCCCCAGCGUUUCCCGUCCUAUGACUCCUGCUGCAAACCACAAGAGUGGCGUCGUCUGCAGGUUCUGGCUCUCGACCGGACAAUGCCUUAGAGCAGAUUGUAGAUUCAGCCACGACCUUAGUAACCACAUCUGCAAAUACUGGGUUGAAGGUAAUUGUCUUGCUGGAGACACGUGUAUCUUUUCCCACGACCCGUCGCACUUCUUGAAUCGUCUGGCUCUAGCAGGAAGCAGCACACCACCACUUCAAAAUGCCCAGCAAGACUUCCAGUUUCAAGAUUUCAAUGCUUUCCCUUCGUUGCAACCCGUGCAGGAUCAAUGGGGCUCCUAUAGCUCAAUCAAUGUUACCAACGCUUUUAGUAAUUAUCAAGGAGCAAACUUCACCGCACAACCACCCGGGUUCAAGGGCAUGCAGGGGUACGCAAGUGAUGGAUCGAGCCAAAGAUCACGACCUAGUAGCCGACAUCAAACCCGAGAAAUCCCAUCAGCCCCAGCCCUGGAUGAUACAGAAGCAUUCCCUUCCCUCGGUGCAGUCACUAUCAAGGGCGGUAAGAAACACCAUGGAAAGAGAGGUGGUCAUGGACACGGGCACAAAGAGAACAUGACUCCGAGCUCUCUCGCCGAGGUGGUCAAGAUGUCACCUUCUCCUGGCUCAGGUAUGCUCAGACAGGACGUAAAGAAACUUGGUCGGAAUGGCAGCUCCACCAGCAUUCGCAAUGGCGAGAAUAGUGCAGCUGCACAGGCCAUUCCAAGCCCACAGCAUGUUCCUUGGCUGGAGACAGGCGAAAAGGCCAACAAGGCUUAUCUCAAGGCUAGACAGGAUGCUAUCAAGCACGGUGGCUUGAGAAACAAAUUUUUGCAAAGGUAUGUACAAGUUGGCGACACACAAUUCUCGGCUGGCCUGUUAACCCUCCAUAGCGCCGCUCAAGCAUGGAACCGCAACGAUGCUCGGGCUGCCAAGGCACUCAGUCUUCGAGGACAGUCAGAGAACGAUCUGAUGCGCAAAGCACAUCGAGAGGCGGCUCGUGAGCUCUACGAAGAGCGUAACAAGGGAAGCUCUUUGAGUUCCGAGCUCUAUGUCGAUCUUCACGGUCUCCACCCGGAGGAAGCUGUCGAGUAUCUGGAGAAAGUCCUUCUGGAAAAUCAGAAAGAGACCCGACCUGUGUAUGCCAUCACUGGCACCGGCCAUCACAGCAAGAAUGGCAAGGAUAAAGUCGGCAAGGCGAUCCGCAACUUUCUGAACGAGUGGCGCUACGCCUACCGCGAAUUCUCUGUUCCAGGAGACAGAAACAACGUCGGUGGCAUUCUGGGCAUUGAUGCUAGAUCUUUCUCAAAGAACGGCGUUGCUGCUUCGGUGUCUGCGCCUGAGGCAGAGAAAGAAGAAGUUGAUAUUCUUAGCCAGGGCCAUGAAAUUGGUCAAGGAAAGGUCAGACUGCUCGUCAGAGAUCCGCCGAAGGGUCCGAAUGGGAACAGAUGA